AGCGGUGCUUUUUGCCUGGUACCUGUAUUGUACUUCCUGAAGGCGCAUUGUGUGGAACAAUCUUUAGUGAUAGCGUUUCCCGGUCCCGGUCAGUUCCCAGCGGUUUCAUGAUAGAACACAUCAAAUUUGUCAGUUUGUUGAUGCACAUGGCUAAGUGACCUCGCAGAAACAAGUAAGGAUCCCCAGGUCAUGCCCUACUUGGCUCACACAGCUCACCUUCAACUUGCCGGAUUUGCCUUUGCUACUGUAGGCUGGAUUCUAAGUUCUGUAACAACUGGACUUGUGCAAUGGAGAGUGUGGCACGUGGCUAACACCACCAUCAUUACCUCUGGAAUUGCUUGGAUUGGGAUAUGGAGGACAUGUUUCUUCAGUCAAGUUCUGGUGUCUCCAAACCAAGAAAUAAUGUACUGUCAAGAAUUCAGCGUCACAGACUCCUUCAUACCAGUCGAGAUUUUUGUUGCUCAAGGUCUUAUGGUGGUGGCUAUCAUUCUGGGGGCAACAGGAAAAGCAUUUGCUGCUUGUGGACUAAGAAAUGUUUAUCAAGGAUCAUCCCGUAUCACUCUAAUCCAUUACUGGUUUACUGUAGGAGGAAUCCUCAAUUUACUAUCCAGUUUUUGUAUCAUAAUUCCAGUUGCUUGGAAUUUGCAUUCUGUUAUAAAUAAUUAUGGUAUAUCUUUUCCAAGUACAUAUGAUAUGCCAUCUAGCCCAGAAACCCAGGAAGUUGGUGCUGCUAUUCCUGUUGGGAUUGUUUCUGCAAUCUUACUUUUUUUAAGUGGGACCUUCUUUCUUUCGUACAGAUUACCCGACACACUUAUUUCUAAAGUUUCUCCACUUUCACCGGAAGAGUCCAUAUUCUCAGACAGUUUGAGCAUGUCCUCGAGGUUCUCCUCAAAAUCUUUAAGUCUUGCAUCUAGAAAACAUUUUACAAAACCUGUACUUAACUGUGAUGGAAUUUAUAAUGAAGCCUAUGAGUCUGAGCUAGAUGAAAAGCUUUAAUUCUUCCUUAAUGCUGUAUUUUUAUAUGCUGUAAAUACAAAUAUUUAAAUUUAAUGUCACUUUAUGACUGCAAAGAAGUAUUCUGAGACAAGGAUAUAUAUAUAUAUAUAUAUAUAUAUAUAUAUAUAUGUAUAUAUAUUUGAGCUUCAAAGCCAAACAUAUAAGUUUAAAAGCAAAUUGUCUCAAAAAAGCACAAAAUUAUUGUUUAUACGUUGUGUAAUUUUUUUAAUGGCAUACAAGAUUAGCAAAUAUGUAACUGGCUUUCUUUAUUCCAUAUGCCUUAUUUUAUUAUUAUUUUAAUAUUUGUAACUUAUAAAAAAAAAAAACAG